UCUAAUGCGUACUGGUGUGGUGUGUGUGAGGACAUAAACAUUUUCACUUUUCUCUUUUUUCUUUUUUCCUUUUUUCUUUCUUUGGUUUGGUUUGGUUUGGUUUGGUUGGGUUGGGAUUUUGGGACCCACUACCAAUAUGUACGGGGUGGGAGUGAGUAAGUGUUGAGUGAUCUCAUCUCUCAGUGUUUGUUGGUGUUACUUAUAUAUAUAUAAACCAAGCUAAGCUAAGCUAAUGCUUAACCAAAUCUCAUAAUAUUUCAUAUUCCAUUCCAUUUACUCUGUUUCUUCUUGUUGUUGUUGAAUAUUUGUUAAAACACAAAAGAGAAGAAAUUAAGGAAUAAUAAUGAAGUAUGUUUUGGUAACGGGUGGAGUGGUGAGUGGUCUUGGCAAAGGAGUCACUGCUAGCAGCAUUGGUCUCCUUCUCAAGGCCUGUGGACUUCGUGUAACUUCCAUUAAAAUUGAUCCUUACUUAAACACAGAUGCUGGAACCAUGUCCCCUUUUGAACACGGAGAAGUGUUUGUGUUAGACGAUGGUGGUGAGGUGGACUUAGACCUUGGAAACUACGAACGGUUCUUAGAUAUAAAACUGACCCGUGAUAAUAACAUCACAACUGGGAAGAUUUACCAGUCAGUUAUUGAUAGAGAGAGAAAGGGAGAUUACCUGGGAAAAACUGUACAGGUUGUUCCUCAUAUCACAGAUGCAAUCCAAGAUUGGAUUGAGAGAGCUGCACAGAUUCCAGUAGCUGAUGAUGAUGAUGAUGAGGAUGAUAAUGGAACCCCAGCUGAUGUUUGUGUGAUAGAACUGGGUGGUACCAUUGGAGACAUUGAGUCCAUGCCCUUCAUUGAGGCAUUAGGCCAAUUCUCAUACCGUGUUGGACCUGGUAAUUUUUGCUUGAUUCAUGUUAGUCUUGUUCCUGUUUUGAAUGUGGUUGGUGAACAGAAAACAAAGCCUACUCAACACAGCGUUAGAGGGCUGAGAUGCCUUGGUUUGACCCCACACCUCCUCGCUUGUCGAAGCACAACGGCACUUGAUGAGAAUGUCAAGAUGAAGCUAUCUCAGUUCUGCCAUGUCCCAAAAAAUAACAUCAUCACUCUGUAUGACGUUUCAAACAUUUGGCAUAUUCCUCUGCUCCUAAGGGAUCAGAAGGCUCAUGAAGCCAUCUUCCAAGUUCUCAACCUUCAAAGCAUAGCUAGACAGCCUGAUUUGGAGGAAUGGACUUCCAGGGCUGAAAUUGCUGAUUUGCUGCAUGACCCAGUUCGUAUUGCCAUGGUUGGGAAGUAUACAGGUCUAUCAGAUGCCUACCUUUCUGUACUGAAGGCUCUUCUACAUGCAUCUGUUGGCCUAGGGAAGAAGCUUUCUGUGGAUUGGGUUGCAGCCACUGAUUUAGAGGAUGCAACAGCUAAAGAGAAUCCUGAUGCUUAUAAGGCUGCAUGGAAGUUAUUAAAGGGAGCAGAUGGUGUUCUUGUCCCAGGAGGUUUUGGAGACAGAGGAGUUCAAGGGAAAAUUCUUGCAGCAAAGUAUGCAAGAGAAAACCGAAUUCCUUACCUCGGAAUCUGCCUAGGAAUGCAGACCGCGGUGGUUGAGUUUGCUCGGUCUGUUCUUGGUCUGCAUGAUGCUAACAGUACUGAGUUUGAGCCUAACACCAAGAAUCCAUGUGUUAUAUUUAUGCCUGAGGGGUCAAAAACACACAUGGGUGGGACCAUGCGUGUUGGGUCAAGAAGAACAUAUUUUCAAGUUAUGGACUGCAAAUCAGCUAAACUAUAUGGGAAUAAAAGCUAUAUUGACGAGAGACACCGGCACAGAUAUGAGGUUAAUCCUGAAAUGGUUGGGCGUCUUGAAAAGGGUGGCUUGUGCUUUACAGGAAAAGAUAUAACAGGGCGAAGAAUGGAGAUUGUUGAGCUUAGGAACCAUCCAUACUAUGUUGGGGUUCAGUUUCAUCCGGAGUUCAAGUCAAGACCGGGAAAGCCUUCAGCAUUGUUCUCAGGGCUUAUAGCAGCCUCAUGUGGGGAGCUAGAGAGUUUAGUGCAAUUUGAUCAGACCAACAACAACAUUAGUAAUAAGAGAAUUCAUAAUAAUAAUAAUAAUAAUAAUAAUAAUAAUAAUGGUGAUUCCAUGAUAUACCAAAAUGGGAAUGGGAAUGGGAAUGGGAAUGGAAAACCAGUAGUACUAGAACUAGAUCCUGCUAUUUAUAGUCUUUGCAAUGGGGUACAUUAGUAUAAUAUACUAUUACUAUUAUUACAUACAACAAGGGUUGUAGUUUUUGGUUAGGUUGCUGUGUAUAGUUAUUGGGAUAUUAAUGUGGUGUAGUAGAAGAACUGGGGCUGAUCCAAGUGUUUUUUGAACGGGUUCAGCUUGUGAAAAAGUUCAAUUUCACAACCGCAUACAUCACUUUUUACUAUCUUACUAUUACUAUUACUAAUACUCUUGUGCGAGAAUUGGAAAAGUGUAUGAAUUAUGUUUUGUGUGAGGAUUAAGAAUGCCUUUCUUUUCUCUCUAUAAAA